AUGGCCGCAACAACAGAUGUUGAACUUGGCCUACCGCAAGACGGCUAUCCAGCCUUGGCAAACUGGAUCGCCGCGGAUCCCGAUAGUGAGACCUUCAUAUUCCGCAAGUUCAACCGCCUGGCCGCCCGGAACCUGCUAUACCUCCAGAGUGAACUCUGCACCCUGGAGGGGUCGCUGGAGAAGCUAGACAGUCAAAUUGGCAAGGACAGGUCGCUCAAGAUGUCGGCAAGGAUGUGGGAGAUGCUUGUAGAGAAGGCAGAGGACAACAAUCGUCCAGAGUGGGAGUGGAUGGAGCUGAGAAGGGAUAUCAAAGACAAACUAAAGGAGUAUCAUGAAGCUUUGAUCCUUCAGUCAAGCAUUGCAAAUCUCAGCACGCCGCGCGCAAGCGUGCUCAGGCGGUUCGAGGACUGGUUCCGAGGCGGGGCCAGGGGCUCGCAGUACUGUAUCAUAUCCGGCCAGGCGCAGGGCAUCUUGGAUGAUGUAGACGACUUGGCCACGCUGAAACUCGUUGGCGAAGAAGACAUGCUGUCGCGUUUUGUCCAGGAUCACUGGCCGCUUAAGGGACGUCCGGGUGCACACACCAAAGGCAACACUAGGUAUUUCCACCUACGGCACGCCGCCGCGACCGUCGCCAUGAUCAGCACGAUCGUCGCGGCCCUCGAGCUCAUCGGCGCCAUCCUAGGCUUGUACUUCGUGACGGACCGCGGGGCGCGUCUCGCUAUGAUUGCUGCGUUCGCGGUGCUCUUUGGACUUAGCCUACGCCUGCUAACCAACGCAAGGAGGGCUGAGAUAUUCGGCGCCUCGGCGGCGUAUGCGGCCGUGCUCGUUGUUUUUGUGUCCUCGGAUCUAGGCCAACCUCAACCUAGUUAA